CCCGCAUCCAGCCCCUCUUCCUGCCCCCCUCCCCCGGACUCCCGCUCGCCGCUCCCGGUGGGAUGGAAGUCCCCCCGUGAAAGCCUCUUCCUUCUCCCCGGUAGCAGGCGGCGGGCCCCGAGUUCGGUGCAAAAAUGCUGGGCAUGUACGUGCCGGAUAGGUUCGCCCUGAAGUCGUCCCGGGUGCAGGACGGGAUGGGGCUCUACACGGCCCGCAGAGUGAAGAAGGGUGAAAAGUUUGGCCCCUUUGCAGGGGAGAAGCGAAUGCCGCAGGAACUGGAUGAGGACACAGACUGCAGGCUCAUGUGGGAAGUUCGUGGGAGCAAAGGCGAGGUCCUUUAUGUCCUGGAUGCCAGCAACCCACGCCAUUCAAACUGGCUGCGCUUUGUCCAUGAGGCUCCAUCCCAGGAACAGAAGAACCUGGCAGCCAUCCAGGAGGGAGAAAAUAUUUUCUAUCUGGCUGUGGAAGAUAUUGAAACAGACACAGAACUUCUGAUUGGGUACUUGGACAGUGACAUGGAAGAAGAGGAGGAGGAGGAGGAAGAAGUAACUGUUAUCCAGGAAGAUGAAGACAGUGGCAGCAUUAAAGAAGUUCAGCCAGCUGGUGAAAAAAUUGCAGAUCCCCUCACCUGUAAACAGGACCAUGCAUGCCCAAAUUGUGAAUCCAGUUUUGCCAGCCAGGAGAUCCUAGCUGAGCAUCUGCAGACUUUGCACCAAAAACCCAGCGAGGAAAAGGAAUUUAAGUGCCGAAAUUGUGGAAAGAAAUUCCCUGUUAAGCAAGCUCUACAAAGACAUGUCCUUCAGUGCACAGAGAAUAUCAGCCCAGGAGACUCCUCAAGAAGUUUCCAGUGCUCUGUUUGCAAUACUGCCUUCAGCUCGGAAUCGAGUUAUGAGCAGCACAAGGAGGCAUGCAGAGGGGAUGCCAGGUUCAUAUGCAAGGCAGAUAGCUGUGGGAAGAGGUUCAAGAGCAAGGAUGCCCUGAAAAAACACAAAGAAAAUGUUCACAGUGGAAAUUCUAGGAAGAAGCUGACGUGUUCAGUGUGCAAUAAGAAAUGUUCCUCAGCAGCAAAUCUCCAGGAGCAUCGAAAGGUCCAUGAGAUCUUUGAGUGUCAAGAAUGUGACAAGAAAUUCAUUUCGGCGAACCAGCUGAAGCGCCACAUGAUAACUCAUUCAGAAAAACGCCCCUACACCUGCGAGGUUUGCAAUAAGUCCUUCAAACGACUUGAUCAAGUGACUGCACACAAAAUAAUACACAGUGAAGAUAAACCUUAUAAAUGCAAGCUUUGUGGAAAGGGAUUUGCCCACAGAAAUGUUUACAAGAAUCACAAGAAGGUACAGCACAGGCAGCAGCACUGCGAGCUUCCCCACAGUGUCUCGUCCAUAUGUCCCAAGCCUGUUCUGGAGGAAUCCCCUGUUGAGACCCAUUCUGAAGAGAGACCGUUCCAGUGUGAGGAAUGCAAAGCCUUGUUCCGAACCCCCUUCUCUCUACAAAGACAUCUGUUAAUCCAUAACAGUGAGAGGACCUUCAAGUGUGAUCAUUGUGAUGCCACUUUCAAAAGAAAGGACACAUUAAAUGUUCAUAUUCAAGUUGUACACGAUGGUCAUAAGAAAUACAAGUGUGACCUGUGUGACAAAGCUUUUGUGACACCCUCAGUCCUGAAGAGCCAUAAGAAAACUCACACAGGAGAAAAAGAGAAGAUUUGCCCAUAUUGUGGACAGAAGUUUGCAAGCAAUGGAACACUGAGAGUUCACAUUCGAAGCCACACAGGUGAGCGUCCUUACCAGUGUCCCUACUGUGACAAAGCUUUCAGCAAGAACGAUGGCUUGAAGAUGCACAUUCGCACCCACACCAGGGAAAAGCCGUACCAGUGCUCCGAGUGUAACAAGGCUUUCAGUCAGAAGCGAGGCCUGGACGAGCACAUGAGGACCCACACCGGGGAGAAGCCCUUCCAGUGUGAUGUUUGUGACCUGUCCUUCAGCCUGAAGAAGAUGCUGAUCCGACACAAGCUGACUCACAACCCCAACCGCCCCAUGGCAGAGUGCCAGCUGUGCCACAAGAAGUUUACAAGGAAUGACUACCUCAAAGUGCACAUGGAAAAUGUCCAUGGAGAAACUGACAGCUAAAUACAGCUUCAGUGAGAAGGGUGGAUCCAAAGUGGUGCAUUUGUAUGUGCAUGAAUUUCAGACUUCCCACCUGGCCAGCAAGCACAGUCAGGGGAAACAACUGUAUUGCCUUCACAUGUUUUUUUUCCCAAUUUUGUUGUAAAUAUGUUUGUCUUACAGGGUUUUUUUCCUACUUUCUAAUGUAAAACAGCUUGAAAAUUUAAAAAAAUGAAGAUACAAGAACUUUGGAAAAAUUUUAUCCUCAUUUAAACAAAGAAGCUUUAAACAAACUUUUCUUUGUUAAUGACAUCCUUAGAAACUUAGAUAUUAGUAGCAGUGCCUGGAAAUCCUGGACACUUGCAACUAAACUCUUGGCUGCCUGCAACUGUAUUUCUGUAUCUAACCUACAACGCUACAUUAAAAUUAUUUAAUUUGAAACCACACAGAAUUUGUCAUUCUAAUUGACUGCUGAUUGUAUCCAGGCUUGAUUUAUUCAUAUCAUAAUUCUGCAUUUUGUUGUAACACAAUUUUGUCUUAUUUUAUUUGCAGCUUUCUCAUUACUGUAUGAAACUCAUUAACUUGAAUUGAUUCUUGAGGUGCCAGAAUGUGUGGGUAGAGAACUGUGGAAAUGUGUCAGCAUUCAGUAUUCCUGCAUGAGACUAGGGAGGAUUUAUUUCAUCUGGUUACACGAAACAAGACUGAAGUGAAAAUUUUGAGCAAUUUAGUUUUAAGUGCUGUAUUCAUACUCAUCACUGUGGCUGGCAAGGCAAGUGGAAAGACAUCUGAACAGGGUGGCUUGAGCAGCUAGAAUUGUUGAGUUUACAUAUGUUUGAUUUCCUGGUGAAUAGCUGGUUCCCACAGUGUUUCUUCCUGCUGAAUCAGAUGCCCUGGAUUUCUUCAUAUCACUUAAAUACUUUUCUCUUUUUUUUCCUUAGUACUGUUCAUGAGCACUGGGAAAAAUACUGCUUUAAAACCAAGUAACAACCAAAUUCUUCAUGUUAUCAGAAUGAGUUGUUUGCUGCAGAAGACUUUUCAAAAGAGUUCCCACAGGCGCUCUUGUACAGCCAGAUAACCAAUAAAUUCUUAUCUACAAGGACAGUAAAACUGUAACUUCAGAGGGUGAUUGCAUGUGGAAUUCCUGAGUUAUCAGCAGUUAAUAUUAAGGCUCUGGCAUUAGCAAACUGUUCAGAUUCAUUUUGGACCUGUCAGUGUUUUGCAAAAUGAACUGGGACAUCUGUAUAGAGUUCCUGCAGAUUUUGGAGAAGUGUAAUUAUGAAUAAUUCUCUCAUUUGUGGCAACCUCCUAUGUGUAAAAGUAUCCUAAGCCUUCAUGCACUAUUUGCUUCCUGAGAGGUAAGAGAAACUUGGAGACUUUGCCAGUUCCAUUCCACAAAUCAUCUGUUCAUAUAAAUUAAAUAUGUUCUAAGUUUCCAAGACAAAUGUAGUUGAAAUAAGCAUUACAAAAUUGAGUAAAGAAUAUUUCAGCAUUUGUAGAGAUUUUGUUACAAUUUAUCAAAACAGUUUAUUUCUAGGUCCAGAAAAUUUUAAUUUACCGGUAGCUGGUAUAAAAAAGAAUAUAAUUUUAAGUGUUAGAUAGCAAAAGCAACCAGUAUCAUAUCCUGAGUUGUGUGAUCAGUUUUUAGCUAUAUGUUCUUAAAUGUCUCCAAGGAGAAUUAGAUUGGUCACUUUUUUGACAUGUCUGGAGUGGGUUACUUUGUUGUUGUUGUUGUUUGCCUUUUUGACAUCAGUGAAAAGAAUUGAGUCAUAGGAAAACCAAGAUUCCAACUGUUUGUUUUCCAGCCUCUUAUAUUUUUCCUUCUAUUUGGUCAAUACAAACUCAGGCAAAAAGAACAAAAGAAGGAAAUUAAAACACUAGAAAAAAAACCCAAAACAACCAGAAGUGAAGGUUGUCUAAGGAAUUCUUGAGGAACAAGUCUGUUAAAAUACAAAGAAGACAAUUCUUUUGUGGAAUAAAAGAGGAUAAUUUAACAUAUUUACGUGUUUUGCGUAGGAUUUUUGCCAGAGAUCUGUACUGCAAAGUUGCUAUGUGUUUAGGGUUAAUAUCUACUUUUGAUGAGAAUAUCUAGUUGUCAAAGUCAGUAAGUAGAGAGGAGAAUAUCCUGUUUUUUAAAUUAUUUCUAGGUGAGCUACAAUACAUAAGGAUUAAUCUUGCUGUAUGUAAUCAGCAACAGCAGUUAAGCAGCUGAAGCUUUGAUCUUGUUAAUGCUGUCAACAGAACAAGGGAUUGACAGGAUCCAUGAGGGAAUUCAGACCUUCCUGGCAAACACAAGAAGCAGGUGCAGGAGGUUGAAGCCCAGCUCCAGGUGAGCGUCUUUUCUAUUCUUGUCCUCCAGGAACUUUCCCUUUGGGCUAAAAUGGCUGCAGACCUGAGCUGCUGCAGAGCCAGCACCUGGCUUGGCAGCUGCAGGUCUUGCCACAGCAAGAGCUGCCCUCUUCUUUCCAUGGGGGUCUGAAUUUCUCCCAGUCAGAGGUAAUAUGUUUCCCAUUACUGGAUUCAUGAACUGUGUAAUUGAUUUUAUAUGCAAGGCAGACUUACCAGUAUGCUACAUAUUUUUAUUUGAUCUGUAGCUUUCGUAAAGAAAAAAAAAAGGAGCAAAUCAUAACAAAGGGAAAGGAAAAAAAAAAGCAAACCAGCAAGCCCUUCUUCUUUGAGUAAAAAUUUUCAUUGGCAGUGUCCCACUUGGUAUUACCUGGAAAAAAUAAAGAGCGUUUCCUUCAUUUGAUUUUGAGAAGUGAUAAAGUGAAACCUGUUGCUGUAAAGGUAAUUGUAAAUUUUUAGUGUUGUGUUUGUAUGUUUGUUCGUUAAUCAUAAUUUGUAAAAUGCUGACUUUUCCUUAGUGAGUGGUGCCUUGCAGAAUAAUAUCAAAAUCUAGAGAUAUUGCUGUAAGUGUGUAGUCACUGCAAUUUUAGAAGGUUGUGACUUUUUUCCCCGUGUUCUGUAAUUUUGUGCAGACACUGUUCUAUUUGUUCCCCUAAUUUUUCAAUUACCAUCGGCCCCUCUUGGAGAGAGCUCCACUUCUGACGUUGGGAACAGCAGCACUCUCACUAGUUCCUUUUGCUUUUCAUUCUAAUUAGCUGUGUGGCCUAAAGGUGAUAUAAAUCAUUAAGAUGAUAAAUAUCUUUGCAUUUUCUAAUGUUAGAUUUCUGCUCUGUCUGUAUGACUCUGAAGGAUUUCAUUCAUUCUUUAAUUUAAACUAUCAAGUCCUAAGUAGAAAUCAGAUAAAGGAGGGGAUAGUCUAAGUUAACCUCUGCUCGGCGUUAUGUGUUGCUUUAGGUUGCAGCAUUUAGUGCUCUGCAUUUGUGUCAGUAAGUACCAGUGCUUUUAUUCUUCCAAGACACCUGACUCUGUGUUUAUUUUAAUUUUCAGUUUGAAAGGUAGCAUAACAGUCCCUCUAAAGCACCACUUUGAGCAGAGGAGCUCAGUGUGCUGCUGUCAGGGUGUGGUCAGGGUACAGUUAAAUGUUUUCAGUUCAGUUACAUACUUACUGCACUGAAGUGUUGGGAUUUUCCUCACAGUGAGAUUUGAAAUCUGCUUAAUUGGGUUUUUUUGGCAAAUAUGAGCUCAGAAGUUGUGUUCUUCAUCAUGAAUUCUGGCAGCUGUAUGUUCUGUGGUAUGUCAAGAAGAUGGGAGAAAUUUAAGUCACAGGUGAAGAGUUGUCACAGAUGAAGUUUUCUUGACCUGGAAAAUUAUUAAUUGAACAUUUCAACCUUGGAUAGCCAGUCUUUUAUUUAAUAGCUAUUGCCUAUUUAGUCCCUUUUAUCUCCUGUCCUCUUCUCUUUGUAAGCUGUUCCUGACUCUGUGCAAUGCUGUGGGCAGGGGCAGACAGUGACCUGGCAGAGCUCAGUGUUUGCAUGGUGUUUGCUGCUCACUUUACUUUCCCUGAGCCCUGUUUGUUAUGCUCAAGUAGCAGCAGUGUCAUGGAGUUUGUUAACAUCAGCUGCCUCUCACCUUACAGCAGCAGAGGGAUCAGAGCUGGCCGUGAUAUCCAAACUGUCGUCACCCUCCAGUGAUGAGGGAAAUGAGGGGGAAACACCUGCCUGUGUCACAAGUGCAAGAGAGACUUGAUGGUCCAUUUGUCUCCAUGGACUCCAGCUGAGGUAGGCAGGAAAUAUUCCUGGAUCUCCAUCACUGUGCUGUACCUGGGCCUGGUACAUCAGAAAAAUAAA